UAUUAUUGUUCCUGCUUUCCCAUUUAGCUAGCCAGAUCCUUUUAAACUGAGCUUUCUUACACUGACUUUUUAAAGUAUUGGAAUAGUCCUGACCUGUGCAAUAAAAGUGCAGUAAGGAAGGAGCAGGAGGUUUUUGCAUGUGUCUGUCUGUCCGAGCCACCAGGGGGGACUCAUUCCUCAUCUAUAACUUUUCUGCAGCAAGCAUCUGAAAAAAACACCUAUGCUUGAACCAGGUCUAGAAAGUCAAUUCAGCAGAGAGUUUGUCUUCGUUUAUAUUAAGAGAGUUUUAUGUAAAAUCUUGCCAAUCUGCAGUGCUCUUUCCACUCUGCCCAUGAGUGCAUCAGCCACCCAACGCUUUGAGCAGCAGCAAGUCUGGCCACAGAGGGCCAGGCGUUCAGCUGGGAAAUCUUGUAUAUCAGUGGGGUACGGUCAGUGCCACCUCCUGCCUGCUUCACACUGACCUGGGACUUGUCCUAAACCUAUUGGAGCGACAGAAGACUCAGAAGAGAGCCUGGCUUGGCUUCUCAUGGAUUAAACUCCUUCACACCACUGAUCAUGGCUUUAUGGUUGAAAGGAAUAUUUUUUUUUGCUGUAUGUGCAAAAGGAUUAACAAAGGUUGCAGAGAAUUUGAUAAAUAACAGAACUUUCCCUGAAGACAUGUGACUGACGAUGACUGUGCUGAAUUUUCUUCCUCUUUCUCCCAAACGAAGUUUAAUACCAUCGAAUGCCGAGCAAAAAAAAAGAACCAUGUUUGGACUCUUUUUUUGCAUUUUAUUUGCCCCUGGAGUCAGUGAAUUCAUUUGUACAUCACCAGAUCUUGAAAUGUCCUAUGCUUUUUGUGAUUCUACAGCUCAUGCUUUCAUGUUUAAUCUGACACCUUGCAGCACGAUGAACAAAUCUGUCUGGAAGGCUGCUCUUACCUGGAUUCCAAGAAGUGACAUCCACUUUUUGAAGGUUGUCUUCAAUGUCUGGUAUGAUGGUGCCAAAGCACUCUUCUGGAAAGAACUCCUCUGCAGCGGAGCUGAUGAUGAAUACUCAGUGUGCGGAACACUGAAAGGAGAAACACUUGUAUCAGCAUUUGACAUUAAAGGCUCAAGAAUAAAGUUUCCAAAGGGCAAUUAUAGUGUUGUUGUGCAAGGAUUCUCAGAUGAUUCUGAGAAUAAUAUGCUCAUAUGCUUGAAUUUUACCAUGAUUGUAAAACAAGAUGCUUUCUGAUUGCCACAAACUUCUCAAAUAAUUCCAGAACAUGGAGGUCACUUCUGUGAGAAACUGGAAUCCAAGCUGUGAAGUAAUAUGCACACUAAAUUUCCUGAGGCAGAAUACAUCAUGUGCUGUCUGGGAAGCUAUAUGAUGUAUAGUCUUACUCAUUUGUAGCACAGCCAUAAUCAGUUGCUCAGCCAAUGUGCACAAAAUCUCUGGAGUCAGGCAUCCUGAUUAAUCCACAGAAUUACCCUGACUGGAUGUCAGGCAGGUCCUACAUUUUGGUGCGGUGCCUUGAGUUACAAUAAUGUCGAGUCCUUCAGGCUGAGCUAAAGUAAUCAAGAAGUUUUGAAGUGCAAGAAUCAGAAGUUCAUAAGUAUUCAAUUUAAAAUAACACAGUAAUUGAAUUUGGGAACCCUGCUUUGAGGUGGUGGGGGGGCAGGGGGUUUGGUUUG